AUGGCGGAAGUGCAGUCGCCGACGGCGGCCGGGACGGACAUGAAACAGUACCACUGCUCUGGGGGUGUCGCCAUGGACGUGGAGCGGAGUCGUUUCCCCUACUGCGUGGUGUGGACGCCUAUCCCGGUGCUCACGUGGUUUUUUCCCAUCAUUGGCCACAUGGGUAUCUGCACCUCCACAGGAGUCAUUCGGGACUUCGCUGGCCCCUACUUUGUCUCGGAAGACAACAUGGCCUUUGGAAAGCCUGCCAAGUACUGGAAGUUGGACCCUGCUCAGGUAUAUGCUAGCGGGCCCAAUGCGUGGGACACAGCUGUGCACGACGCCUCUGAGGAGUAUAAGCAUCGCAUGGUAGGUUCCUGGGCAGGGCUGGUGCUCCUGAGGCAGGACCAGGGGAGAAAGUUCCCAUACAGCCCAUCCCUGACCCAACCCUUCCGGCGCCUCCAGCACAAUCUCUGCUGUGACAACUGCCACUCACAUGUGGCAUUAGCCCUGAACCUGAUGCGCUACAACAACAGCACCAACUGGAAUAUGGUGACACUCUGCUUCUUUUGCCUACUCUAUGGGAAGUAUGUCAGUGUCGGGGCCUUCGUGAAGACUUGGCUGCCCUUUGUGCUCCUCCUGGGCAUCAUUCUGACUGUCAGCCUGGUCUUUAACCUCCGGUGAUGGCUGUCCCAUGGUCCUGAACCAGGCUCCAAAAGAGGCAGCUACCACCCUCCUUUGGUUCCAAAUUCUUUCUCCUCACCCCAAAAGGCAGGGUUGGGCCUGCUUGUUAAGGACCCUGGCAUCUGGGGUAGUCUGAGGAUGAGCCGUGGGGUGAAGUGUUUGUUAUCUCACUGCCCAUUCAGAAGCCCCUGGUCCCCUGCUCCCUGGGCUUAUGACCCCCACCCUUAAAGUCCCUUCUUUAUUUUUGUGUUGGAAAGACCUUAGCUUCCUCUGUAGAGCUUCUGCUGGUGCCUACUGGACUCCUGCCUUAGCCCAGUGCCCAGUGUGAGGAGGGGAGGACAUUUGGACCCACUGGACAAGGCAGCACUGGGACCAGAGCCAGCCCUGCCCUUCUGCAUUAGCUCUGGUCCCAGGGUGGGCUGGGGUACACUGGCAAGUCUAUCAGCUAAGCUACCCUGGGCCUCUAGAACAAUCCAGAAGGGCUGGCUGGGCCUCUCAGCAAUCUGCCAAAAGCUCCUCUGGGGGAAGUGUGUACCCAUUUCCUGUGGUCCUCCAGCCUAUACAGUCCCUCUUAAUCCCCCCAGUGCCUCCCAGCAUUAGGCUCAUUUACCCAGCAGUUUGGGGCGUGGUUGGAGAGGUGUGUGGAGCUGACAUGUGCCAGAAUGAGCCUGUAAACAGCAGUGGCUCCAGCCCCAGGUGUGGGCCUUGGGCUGGUGAUGGCUCCCUUUGGGUCCAAAUUACAAUAGCCUGCCAGCACUGCCGUGCCAUCAGAGAGCAGAAGGGAGGCUGCCCCCCACCACCACCUAACUACAGCUCCCCCUGCAAGUUGUCAAGAAAGGCCCUGUGCCACCCACCUUACCCUCCUGCUCCACGGAUUCCUUUGUGAGGGGCCCCUAGGCAGGAUAAUAAAGAGUUUUGACUUCAA